AUGGCCUUGGUUGCUUUGCUCAGCCGUGGCUGGGCCGCUCGGUCCCGCGGGCACAACCCCAAGACACGACCAGCUCAGGCCGCUUGGGAAGUCUUGCGGAGGUGGGAGCUGGGCGGCGAAUCGGAGGUCGCCGAGCUUGCAGCCCAUUCAGGCCUCAGCACCACCGCCUUGUUGUGCUCGUUGCUGCGGGACACGUUGCCGCCCCAACCCGUGGCAUUUCGCUCGCCGCCGCGCGGGCCUCCAAACAACCCCCGGCCGCCCACCUGUCACCGGCGCGACAGCCAUGCCAGCGGCAAACGGGCCGAGGCGGGGCCAGACGCCUGCCAGCGUGCCUGCGCCCCUGGACGCCGCACCCGCACCGUGGUUCGCGCAUCGGAGGCAAGCCACCCCGGCCCGCCGAACUCGAGCGGCGAGCUCGCUUCGAGGCUCGCACAACAGCGUGCCCGGGCGAUGGAGGCGUUGAACGGGUGCGGCCUGGCGGCAGGCAACGCCACUCCCUUGGCACGACAGGCGGAUGUUGAAACUGUUUCCGCACGCUCAGUGCUGUCACCCCUUUCGCGUCUCCACCCGGGUCUCCCAGAACAGUGCGGCGAGCACAGCGCGUUCCCGCACAGGCCGGGGGACACCGCCCCCACGAUGAUGGAACCGGCCACGCCAGGCUACACACCAGUUGAUCUGCCAGCGCCGUUGAGCUGGCAAACAAUGGGCCCGCCGGUUGCGGACCCCGGACCCAGUGGCCAUUCCUGGCUUUACGUGCCCCUUUUGCAUGCGGCUGCGGGCCAGUUGGACGCAACGGCCGCGGCAGACUGGCGGGCGCACCCUCACGUGGGCCCACAAUGGCAUGCUUUAGUGUGUGCUCUCGGCGAGGCCCCGCCAGUUGCCCCAGCUGCCCUCAUACGGCAAAUAGAAAGGCUCGCGCACGCCGAUGGCCUCAUGCACGCGG